AUGAUUACAUUAAUACAAGUACUCGAACAGCCAAUUGUACGGGCGUCUUUUGCAGCGAGCUUCUCGAUGCUCGGUGGUGGCUUCUUUCUCUUUCGCUUUCAUCUCUACAAGGAUUCCACUGCAGCACAGUCUCAAUAUCAGACUCGACGACGAGAAAAGCAGACCAGCUGGUUCUUGACACUGGCAAGCAGCUUGGUCUGUACCAUUGUCUCGAUUCCCUUUGUGAUUCAGUUCUUUUGGGCUGAUCUUGACAUGGAAUUGCUUGGGACUGACAGCCGGUUUCAUACAGGGUUUGUCUGCUUUUUCAUAUCCUACCUGAUACUUGAUCUUGUCCUUGGGUCCAUCUACUAUCCCAAGCGGAUCUCAUGGAUGACAGGCUGGGUGCAUCAUCUGUUCUAUAUCUUCACGCUAUCUUGGUUCCUUAGGUUACAGAUAUCAUCGCUGUUUACUGUGACAUCCAUAUUAGAGCUACCUACACUGAUUCUUGCUGCCGGCUCCAUGGUGCACGAGUGGAGAUCUGAUUUGCUCUUUGGCUCGACGUUUUUUGUGCUUCGUCUCGUGGCUCACGCAUGGAUGAUGGUUGCUCUAAAAAGACAUCAUCGGAUCCAUUUUAUGUGGAUAGUGGCACUCGUUAUUUAUCCGUUGCACAUGUAUUGGUUCUAUGGCAUUGUGCAGAUACAGAUCAACAAGUUCAAGAGCCAUAGAAAGGCGAUUUUGACUUGA